AUGAGUAGUUACAUGUACCAAAGUUCUGAGGUCGGUCCUGCUCAAGACACCGCACCUACUACAACAAGCUAUCCUGACGUACGGCUCAAGGGAGAAACUCAAACGGGUCUACUAUCAUUCCUAUCUCUGGGGAUUGUCUAUUCUACCGAUGCCACCAAUGGCACUAGUUGUGGAACGAUGGAAAUUCUGUGGGAUGCAGUGGCCAAGCAUCGAGCCAACAGGCCAACUUCAUCAACCGCCAUUCUCAAAAUUGUUCUACGAGACGAAACCUUUGUCAAGUUUGUACUGCCAAAUCAAGCAGUGCUGCAGCAAGUGAGAAGAGAUUUGACGGAUCGUCUGAUUCAUUGGCACAGUCAGAAACAUCCGUCACAGCCAUUUUUGGAUGCCACACAACCGCAAAUACCUGCUUAUACUGGUGCUGGGCAGUGGGGGCUUUGGGGAGAUGAUGGCUCGGAAUGGGGAAGCGGCAGUACAAUCUCCAGUGCUCGUGGUGACGCAUGUCUACUGGCGACAUCUCCACAAUCCUCUGUUCAGCCCGUGCCACUGGCAGUGAACCAAGGAGUGGACAACAGAUUUCAAGACAACAGAAAUCCGCAGUAUUUGUACCCUUUAGGGACUCUUGCGAGACAGGAACCAGAGUCACUCAUGGACCCGUUGCAGGAGAAAUACCAAGGACCAGCUCAGCCAGUAUCAAACCAAUUCAACGGAAUCAAAGCCCACGGGAACGAUGGCUUGGCGUAUCCACCACCAGGAGAUCCAAACAUUUUGUACGACUCUCACAAUGAUUUACAACAAAUCCAACAAAAACAAAAACAACCACUACACCCCAACAACAAGAAAAUCGACAGGACGACUCGAAAAGGCAAACUUUCAUGGCGCAACCGUCGGUUGGUUCUCACGGCGGCAGUCAUCGCUACACUCGUGUUUCUUUUUGUAUUGAUACCAGUGUUGGCGACUCGAAAAGCAAGACAGUCUCCCAACACUCCUUCCUCAUCCAACCCAGCCAAUAGUACCGGUACCACUCCGGGGCCCACUUUGGCACCAACCACAAUCAGCAGGUUCCCUCCAUCCAUGGCUCCAUCCACCAACACGCCAACAACUAGAGCACCAACUAAUUUUGUUGGUCCGGAUCAAGCAUUCCCUACGACAGCCAUGCCCGUCACGGACGACAAAUCCAUGCAGCCCUCGUCAACCGUUGCCAUGACAGAGGAACCUCUGUCUUUGUCCCCAACAACAACCUUGUCAACCGCUGGGACCCUCCGACCGACUAUUCUACGAACUACAAAGCUUACGUUUCUUCCGGCGAUACAAACACCCGAGCCAACUUUGGUGGCUUUGCCAACGUCGCUGCCAUCAUCAUUCUUGACCCUGGCUCCAUCAAGUUAUCCCAGCUUUGUUUUGCAAACAACAUCGCCACCAACCAUCAUGCCCACAACAAUGUCUCCCAUGACUGCUUCACCAACUACAGUCAUCCCGACCACAGUUGAUCCCACAACAGCCACGCCCAGCGGAUUUCCGACACCCUCACCCACAAGAUUCCCCACAAUCGCACCACUGAUGAUGAUUGGCACGGAAGUGAUUGCGAAUCCGACACUACCACUCGACAACCUCUUUCCUCCAACGGGCACACCACAACCAACCACUGCAAACCCCACAGGGGUCCCAACAACAAUCCAACCCACACCAUUUCCAACUCCUGGGCCUUCUCCUCCAGCGAAUACACAAGCUUGGUUCUUGACAACCCUGCCUCCGACUCCGUGGCCCACGUAUCCUCUGACAGAUCCUCCCACUGCAAUCCCAACAGCGCAACCAACUGGGGCGCCAUCUACCGAGGGUCCCACUAACCCACCAACACCCAAUCCUACGCCAAAUCCCACGCCUUGGCCCACAAGGCAACCAACCGGAAGCCCAACAGAGCCUCCAACAAACCUCCCAACAAGACACCCAACAAACCCUCCAACAAACCUACCAACAGGCAUGCCAACUAGCCCUCCAUCGCUGCCUCCCACAGAUAUGCCAACACCAGCACCAACUGAAGACACCAGAGCAUUAACAUUGCCUCCAAUUGGAGGCGGAGCUCCAGCGCCUACAACACCCCCAACAGACCCCCCAACUGAGCUACCUACAUGGAUCCCAACAGCGCAUCCUACCACUCCCCCAAGCAAUCCUCCUACCAACCUUCCAACUCGAUCACCAACUAAUCGGCCCACAUUGCCCCCCACCGAGGUUCCGACUGAUCCACCUACAGGAAGUCCUAACGGCAGCCCAAGCUCCAGCCCAAGCUCCAGCCCAAGCAAAUCGCCUACUGAACCACCAACGAAUCCUCCUACAGAAACUCCCACUAAUCCCCCUACAGCCCCUCCGACAGAAAAACCAACCUCUUGGCCGACUAUUCCUCCGACACGAAAACCAACUCCUUGGCCCACAGUUAUGCCCGCGACUGUGCCUCCGACAGCAUCACCAACUGCCCAAACUCCUUCCCGCCCACCGAGAGUACCAAAGAAAAAAGUCAUCACUAAUGGAAUUGUCUCGAAUGAAGCUUACGUUCCAUUUUGUCGAGGCGAUGCCAGUACGAACUCAUUCACCUUGGACGGAACGAUCAGUUUCACCUUUGAGCCGGCGUACGACUCUGCCAUGCCGUCGGAAGCCAUGGAUCUGCAUGAAGCCAAUAUUGCCUUGGAAUCCUUUCGCUUUUUGGAACGAGAGCUGGGUCGAAUCUACGAUUUUCAGACAUUGACCGGUGAGGCUGUUUCCAGCCAAACCGUCCAUUCACUGUGCCCAGCCUGCAACCUGUACGAGAAUACAUUUGAACUCGACUUCCGGGCCGUCCUCACCUUUAAUGAUUGCGUUGAGCCCUCUCAGGUUCUCCAUACGUUGACGUCUCCAGGGCUCAAGUUCAAGAGCCUUCUAUAUCCGGUGAACCAAUGGGUCAGUCCGCAAGGGGGGCAUCAUUGGACUCAUUCCCCGUUCGCAGAAGUGCAAGUCUUGCAUGAUGGGCAGGUCUGUUCUGUCCAGUGCAACCAGGGGAAAAGGAAGAGGAGGAAAAAAAAACAUUGA